UUUUUCCUUCCAUUGUGUAGAAAAUGUGAAGUGACCGUGUAGUAACCGUGUAGAGUGUAUUAUUGACCAUAGUUUUUUGUUUUGAAAACACAUUUUGCUUGCUUUUUAAAUAAAAUAGCAAAAAAAAGCAAAAGAAGUCGUUGUGUGCGUGGUAUUGGAAAAGCAUUCGGAUUAUCCGACAAAACGGAUCAAUUAAAAUAAGAGAAAUCGCGAUACAAUGAUGACGGCCAAGGCUGGGAGCGUGGUGAUGAAUUGCCGUACCUGUACACGAGCCUGCAAGCUAUAUAAAUCGCUCCAAGACGAGAUCGAGAUUGGUACCGAAGGCACCACCACCCUGGCCAACAUGCUGAAGUAUUGCUCGAACCUCUCAUUUGAGCCGGAGGACGGCGAAACGAUGCCGCAGCACAUAUGCCAGAACUGCCUGCAGCUCCUGGAGCAGGCAGUUGCAUUCAAGCGCAUGGUUAUUGAUUCGGACGAACUUCUGCGCCAGGGACUGAAUGAAGCCAACGACGCCUUCGAUGAGUACGUCAUGGUUGAGAUGCUAACCGAUGUGCAGGGGGGCAGCAGCGCCAAACAGGGCUCCUCCACGGACGAGUCGUCGUCCGCUAUGCUAGAGAAUCCUAGCGAACUGCAGCAAGUCGAGGAGGAGUUCGUCAUCGAGGAGGUGGCCGAGCAUGAGGAGCAUGUAGAGGAGGAGGAGGAUGAACAGCUAGCAGCCACAGCCGAGCAUUUAGAGAUGGAGAGCGUCCAUGAGUACCAGCCAGCAGAAAUCGAAUAUGUGACCAUCAAGAAUGAGUUCUGCUCGCUUGACGGCGAUGAGGAUGACAUCGAAGUGAUGGACGAAACGACAGCCGAUAUGCUCGAUGACCAAAUGAUAGUGAUACGCUCCGAAGACGCCCUCCUAGAGGAGAUCGGCGAAGAGGGACUGGACAUCGUAGAGGAGGAAACAGAGGAGCAUUUGACUUGCGAAGAAGAGGAGGUCGAGGCCGAGGAGGCAGACUACCAAGAUGAGUCCCUGGAUUCGAGCCAACAACCCUGCGAGCCGCUACCGUAUGUCUGCAACGAAUGCCACAAGUCUUUCCGCCAACAGUGCCGGUUGAACCAGCACAUGCGUUCCCACAUAAACGAAAAGCUGUACAGAUGCGAGGAGUGCGGCAAGAAGCUGAAGCAUUUGCGCAACUUCAAGGAGCACAUGCUUACCCACACCAAUGUCAAGCCCCACCAGUGCACCAUCUGUGGAAGAUUCUAUCGCACCACAUCUAGCCUGGCCGCCCACAAGCGCACCCAUGCAGAGGAAAAGCCACACAAUUGUGAUCAGUGCGGUCGCGGCUAUGCCGCUUUGGAUCAUCUAAGACGCCACAUGCUCACGCACACUGGAGAGCGACCAUAUGCUUGUGAUUUGUGCAACAAAGCCUACUUUGAUUCCUCAUCGCUGAGGCAGCACAAGGUUAGCCACACCGGCGCCAAGAUGUUCACCUGUGAGAUUUGCGGCGUGGGACUGUCGCAGAAGUCCGGCUACAAGAAGCACCUGCUUGUCCACUCCGGCCAAAAGCCGCACAAGUGCAACAUCUGUGGUCGUGCCUUCACAUUCACCAGCAACCUCAAUGCCCAUGUCCGCUUGCACUCCGGCGAGAAGCCAUUCAAGUGCGAGAUCUGCGGCAAGGCAUUCCCCACCAAGAAGCGACUGAACAGUCACCUGCGCGUCCACAACAAGGAGUCGUGCCACAGUGGCACCACCACCUCCGUUGUCAGCUCUGCGGCAGUGGGCAUGCAUGUGACCAAUGAUCUCAACCACCGUCAUGGCGGUGAAGGAGGAGGAUCCUCUACGGUCAUGCAUUUGGCCGACGUAACUGACCAAAAAGUGUCCAACUCCAAGGUUGUGGUGGUGCUCUAGGCCACGCAGCAGCGGCAGGGACGCUAAGGGGAGGGAUACGACACUACUGGUUUAAGGUUAGCCUAAGAAUAUCUACAAAUAUAUAUAGACUAUAUGUAUAUCAUGUAUAAAACUGCGGAUAGUACUCGUAGAGAAGAAACUGGAAAGGGUAAAAGUAAAAGGUGUAUAUGCACCAGUUUUUGUUUCUGUCAUGAUUCUGCCUUUUAUAUGUAUGUACCCCUUUUAAGUUUCAUUAGUCAUAAAGACGAACAACGUCAACCAUCAAAAUUCGACUAACAAAUAAAAAAAAUAAAAAA